GGACACGCUGUUGUCAACUGUAUGUGCAUUUGUCCUGAGCACGUAUAGACCGCUUUCUACAGAAGAAUUUCAAACAAAUCAGACACAGAGCAGUUUUGAUCAAGUGGUACAAUUAGACUCUUUGUGCCUGUUUGCCUUUUCUACAUUUGUUCUAUUUAUGCUGUUUUGCACCCCUCCUAUCAGCUUGCAGUUAAACAUCCAGUGUCUGCACUCAAUAGCCCUCUGUAUGGAGACACAGAAGAGGGACUAUACAGCAUCUCUCCUCCUCCUUUCUCUCUUUCUCUCUCCCCAUCUCUCCUCCCACCCUCCUUUUUUGCACUCACUGACAAGUGCACAUCCCCUGACACAGAGCCUGACGUCACAAAUGGCUAAACGAGCCUCCCAGCAGUGCUUUAUUUAAGGAGAUUGGUUUUGGAAUCGAAAGUUGAUGUUUGAGGGCCUGGGGGGCGGGUACCAAGCAGCUUUAGGCGUCAGGUGUGUGUGCUGAGAGGUAGAGCGAAAGAGGAGAAGAGGAACAGCAGCCAGAUGAAUGAACUCAGGAACACUAGACAUGUGAUAAGAGCAGUGAAGGAGCGUGCUGGUUCGUUUACGUUUAUCUUGAGACAUACACAUUAGACAUGAGGAGAGUGAGCAGGCAGCAGAUCAACCUUCGUCAAAUGUAUGGGAUAUCACUGAGAGAAGAAGAGGAAGAAAAAGAACUAAGCAGCAGGACAACAAAAUGCUGUUUUUAGUUUUCUAUUGGAUUUUUUGAUAAGGGUAGUUUUUGCCUUUGGACAAUGACUGGAAAAAAAGAGAGGCAGUGGCGGUCCAUGACCAAAGGCCUGGUCCUCGGCACUUUCCUGACCAGCUGCAUGAUCCUGGUUUACUGUUUCACCACUCCACAGAUCCAUUUGAGUUUGCCUGAGGUUCCAGUGCCUUACUCCUGUGCCCACCGUCCUUCUCAUGUGCAACCCAAACCAGCAAAUAACAGCUCAGGCCGAUCCCAUGGCCAGAGUUGUGCUCCUAAAGUUGAUGUCAUGUUCAUGAAGACCCACAAAACAGCCAGCAGCACCUUCAUCAAUAUCCUCUUUCGCUUUGGGGAGAAACACCGGCUCAAAUUUGCCUUCCCUGACAGCAGAAAUGACUUUUUCUACCCAUCUCCUUUUGAACGCUCACACGUGAAAGACUACAGGCCAGGGAUGUGUUUCAACAUUAUCUGUAAUCACAUGCGAUUCAAUGCACCUGAAGUGGCCAAGGUGCUUCCCAUGGACACUUCCUAUAUUACUAUUCUGCGAGACCCUGCAGAGCUGUUUGAGUCCUCCUUCCACUAUUUUGGCCGCUUGGUGCCUUUUACCUGGAGAAUACCAGGUGAUGACAAGUUGACUGAGUUCCUACGUGACCCACUUCAUUACUAUAAUACAGAGGGGUUCAACUCUUUCUACCUCAAGAAUCUGCUGUUCUUCGACUUUGGACAGGACAACAACCUGAACGUGGAUGAUCCUCACGUGAAAGAAGGAAUCAAAUUGAUUUCUGACCGUUUUCAGCUUGUAAUGUUGGCAGAAUACUUCGAAGAAUCCCUCAUCCUACUCAAGGAUACCCUCUGCUGGGAGAUGGAUGAUUUGCUCUUCUUCAAGCUUAAUGCACGCAAGGGAUCCACUGUAUCCAAACUUACCCCUGAAUUGAGGGCCAGGGCCCUAGAAUGGAAUGCUAUUGACUGGAAGCUCUACCAACAUUUCAACAAGACAUUUUGGAAAAAAGUAGACUCAUAUGGUCGGCAGCGGAUGGCCAAAAAGGUGGCAGAGCUAAGGAGGAGAAACUCUGAGAUGGCAUCCAUUUGCAUUGAAGGUGGUCAUGCUGUGGAUGCUGGUAGCAUCCACGAGACAGACAUGCAGCCCUGGCAACCUAUUGGUGAGAAGUCCAUCAUUGGCUACAACAUGAAAAAGAAUGUGGACAAGACACAUCAAAAGACGUGUCGUAAGAUGCUGAUGCCAGAGAUUCAGUACUUAACAGAGCUCGGAGUAAACCUUUGGAUCACCAAGCUAUGGGGUCAUGUCAGAGACAUCAUUAACUGGUAACCAAAAGGCCAAGUCCACUCUUAAAUAUUGCUUUGAAAAAACCCCAAGAAAACAGACUUAGUGACUGAUGGACAAGUUCAUUUUUAUUUCAAUGUCUUUGAAUUUGUACUUUAUAUAAAUGCGCACUUUGAUGGUGCUUGAGAAAAAAGAAAUGUUGACCAAACAAUCUAUACAAAAACCUGUUUGUUACAUAAUGUUUUGUCAUAAAUCACGUUUCAAACAUUCAAUGUUGCUCGGAGUUGGCCUGGUUUUAGUGAGAUAAUGUUUUGUAAAUUUGUGGUUCAAUUUUUAGGUGAUUUAUUGAAUGACGACACAUUUGCUGCCAUUUUAGGAUUGUGUUAGAAAGUGGAAUGCUUUUAAGAGCUAAACACACCUGUGAAAAUUGUGAAUGUAGGUACAGUAUUGCUUAUUGCUAAUUCUGAUGGAGGACAAAAUCAACAGACAUUUGAAUUAAUUAAGAGACUUAGACUUUCUUUAUUGUCAUUGCACAGAAACACAAGAAAACUGACUAACUAAGUAACUACAGAACAUCAUACUGAGAAUAAAUGUAAAAGCAGUGGUGUAAUGUAAAGCAGUUACCUCAUUAGAGGCCACACAACAACAUACUCUACAGUAAACAGCGAAACCACAGGCUUAGACAUAAUAAUUUAAAUUAUAAAUAUCCCUGUUUUUCCUUCUGUGACCUCCAGAAAGAAAUGGUCAUCUUUCAUCAAAGACUGCUAUGUAUAAUCAAUAAUAACAACAUUUUACGGUUUAUUUUUCUUCUAAGAGAUAUGGAUAGCGGUGAUGGGUUUUUCUGUAAUAAUCAAUCACAUCAUUAAGGCCUUUAAUUCGUAGUUAGUUCUGUAACUGGUAGUAUAAUAUUUCUGCUCAGAGCAGGUGUUUAAGAUAACAUGGAAGAUCUAGAUUAUUGUGUUGUUACUCAUUCACAGCGGGGCUUAAAAGCUACAGGCUGUUUAGUGCAAUUUAAACAAUGGCUAACAGUAUUCAAACAUCACUGACCUGUGUUUGCACAGCCUCGUAAUCAGUGUCUGUGGAAAUUCAGAGAUUAAACUGACAGCUAUUGUUCAAUACAACAGCUGCUCGGCUUAUUUUUCUACAGAUUUUAUUUUUUUUUUAAUUCAUCCUUUUUGGGGGGAUUUUGUCCUUCAUACAUUCCCCACUGCUUCUUGCAAUACAGUCUAUGAUAAUCUUUGUAACCUUGAAAUAAAGUGAUUAAAUUAAAUAUUGUGUCUAUUAAAUGUGUGACUCUUAUUAAAUGACAACUCUUCCCCUUUAUCUUGUGUUCAUUUCAUUUUAACUUAAGGUUUUGGUCAAUUAUUCUGCUGGGUUUGAUAUACUGUAUGUGUGCACGCACGCA